CACGUGACCAAGAGCCGCCUAGAGCCGAAGUCCUGUUAGUCGCCUCAGACUGGGUACCAACCCCCUAUUACUCUGCAGGCGCGUGAAGGAGAAGGAAACUCGCUAGGACCAUACAGGUCUGUAGGUCUCUUCUCAAGCCUUGCAUAGAAAAGGAGCAAACGGCUUUGGUUGAAACCUUGCUGCAGGUUUGAAGGUGGGAUUCAUCCCGAACCUAAGAAGGCUCCGUCCACCUAUCACUGUGCAGGGAAUACAGCAGAAGACACGAGAAGAAAAAGGAAUUCACUUGAUUUUUGUAGAGGUUGAUUCAUCACAAGAAUCACAGCAGGCCCAAGAGAGGCUGAAGAUUACUAGCCUGCACCAUUAUUCACACAAACCCUGAAAGUUCUCUUCAAUCAGGUGAAGAGAGACCCUCUUCUUUCUGACCACAAGGCUCAUACCUCUAUAAGCAUGGGUCGGGCCCGGGAAAUGGGUUGGAUGGCAGCAGGACUGAUGAUUGGGGCUGGUGCCUGCUACUGCAUGUACAAACUGGCCAUGGGAAGAAAUGAGGGUAACGAACUGGAGGACGAGGAGGAAGAUGAAUGGGAUGAUGAGCAGGAUCUGGAUGAAGAGGAGGCAGACAUUUGGUUUGAUUUCACAGCCAUGGCUCGACCCUGGAGUGACGAUGGUGACUGGGAUGAACCUGGGGCCCCAGGUGGGACUGAGGACAGACGGUCAGGUGGUGGAAAGGCAAAUCGAGCACACCCAAUAAAACAGCGGCCAUUCCCUUAUGAACACAAAAACACAUGGGGUGUUGAAAGUUUUAAAUCCUUCAAUUAUGCUCUUGGCCCGACCAAGUAUGGUGCCAUCCAAAGGGAAAAAAUGUCCACUGAGCCCACAAGUGCUGGCUUUUCCCUUAGCCACAGUGUCAGAAGGCAUCUGGCCAGCCUCUCAGUGGUUGACAACAGGAGCCUCACCCCCCAGCCUGCUGUGGGGGAGAAGGCUUUGUGUGUCCCCGAAAUCCCAAGCACCAGUAUUGAAAAUCAGGGCCUGAUUAAGAUGUACAUCGAUGAAGUGUGUCGGGAGACGGUGUUACGUUGCUGCGAGUCAUUUCUGCAGCAGGCCGGAUUAAACCUGCUAAUAAGCAUGACAGCUAUUAAUAACAUGCUUGCCAAGUCCGUUUCAGACCUGAAGUUUCCUUUGAUACCCGAGGGAAGUGGAUGGGCAAAGGCUCAGGGUUUGGAACCGCUGAUGAGUUUGUCUGAAAAGCCAGUGGUGGCUGGGGAAGCGCUGGCUGCCCAAAUGCCAUUCUCAUCCACGUGCCUCUUUAUCAGAAGUGGGAGCAAAGAGAUGCUUGUGGAAGCCAUCUCCCCUUAAGUGGCUGUCUCAAACACAAUGACGAGACUGAACCCAUCCAGAGCCCGAGCAGUUUACUUGAGGGCAAAGAAGCUGCAGUGGGUGCCACCCAGGAUGCAGCCUUAGCCUGUCAGCUCCUCCCUGGGUGAAAGUUCCUCCCAGUCUCUCAAUGGAGGACCACAGGCUCCUUGGCUGGGCAGGGCUCCCACAGAGCUGUGGGCAACUUCUGGGUUUUGUGGUCUGCAGGCAAAGUGCACUGUAAAUUGCUGCUCCCUUGCAGCCUUCUUCAUGCAGUUAAAGGGUAAAACGAUGCCGGUGGCCGCUAGCUGGGGAUGACUAACAGAACAUCAAAUCGCAACGCCAUGAGUGCUGCUGUUGCCUGUGGUGAUCUCCCUGUCUAAGCGGGACCACUUAGCAGAAAUUACACCCAUAUGGGAGCCUUUGCCGAGCACGUGCCUGCCGCUGCUUAGGUUGAAGUAUUUCCCCUUUCCUCUUUUCUACACUAGCUGAAGGAUGGCUAGCAUGUUAAUCGAAAUGCACUCCCCUCCUGUCCAUUGUACUGACUGACCCUCUUACUCUCAACUGCCCUCCCUCCACCACCAGUGUGUAUCAUCAAUAAACUUGUGUGCUUUGAUCGGCAAGAAAAUUAAAAAGGGGCACAUGCCUCCUCUUUGAGUUUGCGCUCUGCAUAAACAGGGAGGAGACAAAAUGCACCAGAGAGUCCAGCUGUCUGGGGCCUUGCUCCCUGAGAGACGCCCUCAGCAGUGUCCACAGGAGACAGGGGCAGAAAAGAAC